CAUCCGAAAAAGGAUAUCGCAACAAAAUGGCUGUUCGUCUUGGACGUCUUGCGAGCGAAAGCACUGCUUUUCUUCUGUGUGAUAUGCAGGAAAAGUUUCGUCCUUCUAUUCGUUACUUUCCUGAGAUAAUCAAAGUUGCGCAAAGAAUGGUAACUGCAGGAAACAUUCUUAAGAUACCAAUCUUAGCUACAGAGCAGUACCCAAAAGGCCUUGGAAACACCGUUAAUGAGAUUGAUACAAGUGCAUUUAAAGAUAAGAUCUUUACAAAGACUGUUUUUUCAAUGGUUACUCCUGAAGUUGACGAAGAGUUGAAGAAAAUGACAAAUGUCAAAUCAUUGGUACUAUUUGGGAUUGAGACACAAGUGUGUAUUAUGCAGACAGCUCUAGACUUACUUGAAAGAAACUAUGAAGUCCAUAUAUUGGCUGAUGGAGUUUCUUCACGUACAAUGGUGGAGAGAAUGUAUGCUAUUGAUCGCCUCCGUCAGAGUGGAGCAUUUAUAACCACAAGUGAGUCAGUAUUGUUCAUGCUUCUAGGCAACAGCAAGCACCCCAAUUUUAAGGAAGUUCAGGCACUUGUCAAGACUGCUGCUCCCGACUCAGGUCUCCUAUCAAAAGUCUGAUUAAAGUCAUGAAUAGUUUUAAAACGGCAAACAGAAUCAUCAUCAAAGACUGAAUGAACUUGUAAGAAAGGGAUGUGUGUCUUUUUUUUCAGAGAAAAUCGGAACUUUUUGUUACAAAAACCGUUUUUAGGAUCAUAGUGUACUUUGCUGCAUCAACCUUAAAAUAAAAUAAAACCUAGCUUUCGACCUACGCGGUCAUCUUCAGGGUUACAA